CCAGGUUGUCUUUGUCGGAAUUACUGGAGGAUCAACACCAUGGAGCUUGAAUGUCAACCGUAGAAUACAUUUCAACAGCUGGAGAUUUUGAAAGUCAGCAAUGGAUUGUUGCCUUCCUUUGAUUGUCCUCUUCUGUGGAGUUAACUUCAUCUCCUGCUCUCACUUACCACCACUACGUAAGUACUACUAUGUUGACAAAUUAAUGACCUGGGCUGGAGCUCAGCGUUACUGCAGAGAGAAAUACACCGACCUGGCGACCUUCGAAAGCAUGGAUGAUGUCAGCAGGCUGCCACCUGACACUACAUACAGAUGGAUCGGACUGAGUGACGACCCUAAAUCGUGGAGGGGCACCAUGGGUAAUGACCCCAACUCCUGGAGAUGGUCAUCGACUGGUGAAACCAGUAGAACCGGUUACCAGAACUGGGCGGCGGGGAAACCAACCAAUCCCCUGCAGACCUGUGCUGUGAUGCUCACUGAUGGACGAUGGAAUGAAUAUUCCUGUGAAUCAGCUUUUUAUUUUAUUUGUUACACUGAGACGAACCAAGCAACGAAAAGCUACGUGUUAAUCCAACUUUCCAAAAGAUGGUCUGCUGCCCGCGACUACUGCAGACAACGCUACACAGAUUUAGCCAAGAUUGAGAAUGAUGAGGAACAGAAUAAAGUCAAUUCUGUAAAACUACAAUAUUAUAUUGUAGUUUGGAUUGGUUUGUACCGAGUGCCGUGGACUUGGUCCGACAAGUCACAAAGCUCCAUCAGAAUGUGGGCUAGUGGUGAGCCAAAUAAUGGAGACAUGAUAGAAAUCUGUGCCGCUCAGUAUCCAUCACAUCAAUGGAAUGACGACAACUGCUUCAAACUAUUACCUUUCAUCUGCCAUCAAGUUAUCACGUUGAAGACCACGCUCAGGAUAAAGUUUGAGACUGACGCUGAUAUCACAGAUCCAGCUCUUAACACCCAGAUCCUGCAGCAGCUGAGUGCGGCACUGACACGUCAGGGAUUCACUGACUUCAAGCUGAGAUGGAAGAUUCCGCCCAAAAAGCAGGAGAAGCUCCAAGAAUCUCCAUGUACCAUAAAUGGAUGACACAUUAAUUUUCUACUGCAAGCAUACUAAGUUAUAUUAAUGUGUUGUGUUAUCUAUGUUAUUCAGGAGUAAUAUGGGAGCUCAGCUGAUAGAAGAUUUGUCUUUUUAUUGUUUGCGCACUUGUUAAAUUGCCAUCCUGGUUACCAGGAAAUUCUGAAUUAAUAAGCAAAUAUCUUUUCAUUUGAAAAGUUCAAUUGCUGAAGACAAGAUGUCUCAGCGAAAAGGGCCUCGUGGGUGUUUUUUUCUCUGGUGAGUGAAAUAGUUCGAUAUGUGAACAAUAAGGCUUUUAUUCAUCUGUGGGUCAGAUCAUGUAAACGGCACAUUAUCGUUAAUUGUUUGUCGUUAUUGCUUAUACUUUCAAAUAUAUUUUACUGUAUUAAUCAUGUAGACUGUACACUUAGUUCCACUGUUUAUUUCUGGUAUUUUUUGGGUUCAAAAUGUAGAAGUUGGGGUGUGAAGUAAAACAAUAAAUACACUAUUUUGCUGUAA